AUGUGUUAUGAAUUUGUUGUGGACCCAGGCAGUCGAGUGUGGUACCAGAUUGUGGGACCCUCCCCAGCCUCACUGGCGCAGGCAGCUCUCACAGGCCAGGGCACAUCUGGCCUGGAGGCUCCUGGGGAGCAGAGGCAACAGUUAGGAGCUGUGGCUCAGAAAGUUGGCAGCAAUGCAGUCCACUGGGGACCCCCAGGAGGCCUUGAUCAAGGUAGCGGCAGUUUCUGGGGACUUCAAGGGGCUCCAGACUCUGGCAGUGGCUGGGGAUCCCAGGAGCUCCAGACCAGCAGCAGUGGUUGGGGGUCCCUGGACAACUCAGACAGUGACAGGGACCUCAACAGCAACAGUGGCUGCGGACUCCCAGGAGGCCCUGACCAUGGCAGCGGCUGGGAACCUUCGGAUAGCACCACCAAUGCCAAGGGCUCAGAGAUCACACACCCACUCUUCUUCUCUCUGGAUUACCAACAUGUACAGGUGCCCUUUGAGAUCACACUGUGGAUCAUGCUGGCCUCACUGGCCAAGAUUGGAUUUCACCUUUACAGUAAACUGCCUUCGGUUGUUCCAGAAAGCUGCCUGCUGAUUUUUGUGGGACUCAUCAUGGGUGGAAUCAUUUAUGGCCUAAAUGACAAAUCUCCACCCAUCAUGGACAGCGACAUAUUCUUUCUCUACUUACUCCCCCCGAUUGUCCUCGAUGCGGGCUACUUCAUGCCCAGUCGGCCCUUUUUUGAGAACAUUGGCACUAUCCUUCUGUAUGCAGUUGUGGGCACCCUCUGGAACGUGCUUGGGAUUGGCCUUUCCCUCUAUGGCAUCUGUCAGGUGGAUUACUUCAACCUGAGGGAUGUCUCCUUGCUCCAUAACCUCUGGUUUGGGACUCUGAUCGCCGCAGUGGAUCCUGUGGCUGUGCUCUCAGUGUUCGCAGAGAUGCACGUGAAUGAGAAGCUUCACAUUUUGGUUUUGGGGGAGUCUCUCCUCAAUGAUGCUGUGACUGUUGUUCUCUAUAAAUUAUUUCAGUCCUUCAAUGAAAUGCCAUCUAUCACAACGGUGGAUAUUUUGGCUGGGAUGGGAAAGUUCUUUGUUGUUGGAAUUGGAGGAGUCUUCAUCGGUCUCCUGUUUGGAAUGGUUGCUGCCUUUACCACUCGCUUUACAAAGGCCAUCCGUGUCAUUGAGCCCCUCUUUGUCUUCUUGUAUAGCUACCUCUCCUAUCUCACUGCAGAAAUGUUUCACCUCUCUGGGAUUGUGGCCGUCAUUGCCUGUGCCAUGAGCAUGAAGCGCUAUGUGGAGGCCAACAUCUCCCAAAAGUCUCACACCACCAUCAAGUACUUUCUGAAGAUGUGGAGCAGUGUGAGUGAUACGCUCAUCUUCAUCUUCCUCGGGGUUUCAACCAUCAGCGAGAACCAUGAGUGGAACUGGCCAUACAUUUGUUUCACCAUCAUUUUCUGCCUGGUGUGGCGAGCAUUAGGUGUCCUUGUGCUGACCUUCUUUGUGAAUAAAUGUCAUGUGAACACAGUCACCAGAAAGGACCAGUUCAUUAUUGCCUAUGGAGGUUUGAGGGGGGCCAUCUGUUUCUCCCUUGUUUUUCUCCUCCCCGACUUUCCCCGGAAGAAACUCUUCAUUGCAGCAACCACUGUGGUGAUCCUCUUCACUGUUUUUGUACAGGGGAUGACCAUUCGUCCUCUCGUCGACUUAUUAGAUGUGACCCGAGGAAGAGAAACUUCUCCAACAGUGAGUGAGCAGAUUCAUAUCCGAUUCUUGGAUCACUUGCUGGCUGGCAUUGAAGACAUAUCUGGACACUGGGGACAAUAUUACUGGAAAGACAAAUUGGAAUAUUUCAAUAGCCAAUACCUGCAGAAGAUUUUGCUGCGGGAUUAUGACCAACCCAAAUCCAGCAUUGUACUCCUUUAUGAAAAGCUAGAGAGGAAACAUGCCAUUGAAUUGGUAGAAGCUGGCCAACUGGUCCAUCCUCCAGCCAGUGCACCUCAGAGAAAAGAGAAAUUUAAGGCCAUUUACCAGUUGUCUUCAAAUGCCAUGGAUAAUAUCCAGCAGAUAUUGGCUACCAACCUAUAUAGAAUCAGGAGAGGGGCUCCUGCAUAUAACAGACAUACCCUUCCAGGGGAAACAGGGGAUGCCGAAGAAGCCAAGGAGAUUCUCAUCCGCAGACACAAGAACCUGCACCUUAACCUUUCCAGAAGUGAUUGGGAACAAGCUGUCAUGGAGGUAGGAGUCUUCUGA